UCAAUCCCCUUCCACUCCACUCUGUCCACUACACCCACAAUCCCUCUCCUCCACUAGUUCCUCCGCGCUCUCUUCCUCCACCACAAUGAGGCCAGCACCGCCGCUCCCCACCGCCGCCGCCGCCCUCGCCCUCGCCCUACUCCUCUGCCUCUCCCUCUCCCCCGCUGCCGAUGCCCACAACAUCACCCGCAUCCUCGCCAAGCACCCCGAGUUCUCCACCUUCAACCACUACCUCACCAUCACCCACCUCGCCGCUGAGAUCAACCGCCGCCUCACCAUCACCGUCCUCGCGGUCGACAACGCCGCCAUGAACGCCAUCCUGGACAAGCACCUCUCGGUCGGGACCCUCAAGAACGUCCUGUCCCUCCACGUGCUUGUGGACUACUUCGGCACCAAGAAGCUCCACCAGAUCAGCAACGGCACCACCCUAACCUCCACCAUGUUCCAGGCCACCGGCGCAGCUGCCGGCACCGCCGGCUACGUCAACAUUACCGACCUCAAGGGCGGGAAGGUCGGGUUCGGCGCUGAGGACAACGGGAGCGAUCUCAAUGCCGUUUUCGUGAAGUCGGUGGACGAGAUCCCCUACAACAUCUCUGUUUUGCAUAUCAGCCAGGUUCUGACCUCGCCGGAGGCCGAAGCUCCGACCCCGAGCCCGAGCAACCUGAACAUCACGGCCAUCCUGUCGAAGCAGGGCUGCAAGUCCUUCGCCGACCUCAUCUCCACCUCGGGCGCCCUCAAGACCUUCGACGACAACCUCGAGGGCGGCCUCACCAUCUUCUGCGCCUCCGACGCCGCCGUCUCCGCAUUCAUGCCCAAGUACAAGAACCUCACCAACGCCCAGAAGGUCUCCUUCGUCCUCUACCACGGCGUCCCCGUGUACCAGUCCCUCCAGAUGCUCAAGUCCAACAACGGCGUCAUGAACACCCUCGCCACCGACGGCGCCAGCAAGUACGACUUCACCAUCCAGAACGACGGCGAGGACGUGAAGCUCAAGACCAAGGUCGUGACGGCGACGAUCACCGGGACGGUGAUCGAUCAGGACCCGCUCAUCGUCUACAAGAUCGACAAGGUGUUGCAGCCCAGGGAGCUGUUCAAGGCGGCAGCGGGUGACGCGCCGGCGCCGGCGCCCAAGGGGAGCAAGAAGAAGAAGAGACCACCGGCGGACGAGCCGGCGGCGGACUCGCCCGAGGGGGACUCGGCGGACCAGACGGCGGACAGCAACGGCGUCGGCGGUGGCGUGUUGAGUGGGCCGAGAGUGGUGGUGGGCGUGGUCUUGAGUUUGUGCUUGUCGGUGGUAUUUCUGUAAAAAACAAAAGAAAAAAAAAGUGCUUUCUUUUUCUUUUCUUUUCUUUUUUAUUUUUCUUUUUUUUUAUUGGUGCAUGUGUGAAAAUUUUUAUAUUGCAACAAAUUGGUCAAUUUGGAGAUUGGAGAUGGGUGGGGCUGGCGGAGGGACGUGAUUGUGAAUAUAAAAGCAUGGGUGUCCUUAAAUUGAGAUAUCUUUGAUAAUUUACUAUCAAAGAGAGGUGGGGGCCAUGUGACAGAUACUGUUGAUUUUUGUAUCAUUGACAAUGAAAAAAGGAUUCAAUAAAGAGAAAUGGGGACCGGAGAGAGAUAUUUAUUGAGAUUUGUUUGAUU